AAGCAAGAAUAUGGGAAGAUGGAGAUCUCGGUGGAGGAGGAGUGCGGGCUUUAUGGGCCGGAGGCCCUCUGCGGGACUCAGACGGUGUGGAUGAGCCAUGGUGACGAAGUGGUGAAGUUGCCCGAGGGAUUCACGGUGGUUGCGAGAAGUUUGCAGGGAUCGGUGGCGGCGAUUGAGAACCACUCCAGAAGGUUUUACGGGCUUCAGUACCAUCCGGAGGUGACGCAUUCACCUCAAGGAAUGGAAACACUACGGCAUUUUCUUUUUGAUGUUUGUGGGGUAACUGCUAAUUGGAAGAUGCAAGAUAGACUUGAAGAAGAAAUAAAGUCCAUCAAACGAACAGUAGGACCUGAUGAACAUGUCAUUUGUGCAUUAUCCGGUGGAGUAGAUUCUGCUGUUGCGGCUACUCUUGUUCAUAAGGCAAUUGGAGAUAGGCUGCACUGUGUCUUUGUUGACAAUGGAUUAUUGAGGUAUAAGGAGAGAGAACGAGUGAUGUCAACCUUUGAGAGCAACUUGCAUUUGCCAGUUACUUGCAUUGACGCAACCGAUCAAUUUCUUAGUAAGCUUAGAGGUGUUAAAGACCCAGAAUGUAAAAGAAAAAUCAUCGGAAGGGAGUUCAUAUGUAUUUUUGAUGAUUUUGCUCAAGAGUUGGAAAAAAAAUUGGGAAAGAAACCUGCUUUCUUGGUCCAGGGAACUCUGUAUCCUGAUGUGAUCGAGUCAUGCCCUCCUCCUGGAAGUGGAACAACUCACUCCCACACAAUCAAGAGCCAUCAUAAUGUUGGAGGACUUCCAAAGGACAUGAAGCUAGAGCUCAUUGAACCACUUAAACUCUUCUUUAAAGAUGAGGUACGAAAACUGGGGAGUAUUCUGAAUGUUCCUGAAUCAUUUUUGAAGAGACACCCAUUCCCUGGGCCUGGCCUUGCUGUUCGUGUCUUGGGUGAUGUUACAGAAGGAAAUGCCUUGGAGAUUCUACGCCAGGUUGAUGAGAUAUUCAUUCAGUCAAUAAAAGAUGCUGGCCUUUAUGAUUCCAUCUGGCAAGCUUUCGCUGUGUUUUUGCCAGUACAAUCAGUUGGGGUUCAAGGUGACCAGAGAACCCAUUCUCAUGUAGUUGUUCUUAGAGCAAUUACUAGUGAGGAUGGAAUGACUGCAGACUGGUAUUAUUUUGACCACAAAUUUCUUGUUGAUGUGGUUCGAAAGAUAUGCAAUAACGUCCGGGGUGUAAACAGAGUCUGCCAGGACAUUACAUCAAAACCACCAGCGACUGUCGAAUGGGAAUAAAUUCAAUUUGGCAGCCUUCAGGUUGAACAGGAGCAUGCUGAACAUCUCCUGGAUUUGAGCAGGCUUGAAAAUUUGAAGCUGAACGAGCAGUUAUUCUUUCCUGUCCAUGAUUGCGUGGACCCAGCCGUAGCAAGGAAGAAUGGCUGUGUCUACUGUGAAAUGGCAAGAUGAAGAUUAUAUUUAUAAGUUCUCCUGUUAUAUUUCUUGUUUUAUUUUCUCGAGGUACGUGUGUUACCGGUGUGGACUCUGGAAGUAUACAUAUCAGGUAUAAAACAUAUAUGAAAAGGGGUGGGCCUCCAAAACCAUUUAAUGAAUAAUUACUCAAUAUUUAUCAUGGGAUGAUCUCCCUGUUUUUA